CCAAGGGAAAGGGAGGACAGAGAGACCCAAUACAGGCCUUUACAACCUGCUUCCUAGUUCUGCAUCUGCUCCAAAGGGGAGGCCGUUGGGUGGAGUAAGGUCUUCCUGGACACAAGGUGCAGCUCGUUGCAAUCCAGUAGCACAAGGCUGGGAGAAGGCUAGGACAGGAGCAAAGAAGAGCCCCAAACGCUCCUUAUUCGAAAGAAGGGGAAGGCAUGCUUCUUCCUAGCCCUGCACAAAAUGGAGAUUUUGGGGAUGCCUCUUAGAGAGCAAAUAAGAGCCAGAAACAGAAAGAAGGCGAAGCAUGCUUCUUUUUAAUCCUGCUCAAAAUGGAGAUUUUGGAAUUCCUCUGAGAGGAGGCUGAUGAAGUGUGUACUGAUUACCAGUGAAGGUGCAGAAGUCCUUUUCUACUGGGCUGACCGAGAUUUCACCACAAUCUUACACCAGCGCUUUGGGGCCCAUCAUCCUAAUGAUGAUAAGCCCCCUGCUGUGGAAGAUAGCAUCAAUACUCUGUUUGCACCCAUGAUCAUCUCCUGUGCAACAAUGCUAGAGAAGCUUGGGGACACUUACACUUGUUUCUCUGCUGAAAAUGGCAAACAUCUCUACGUCUUACACAUGUUUGGGGAAUGCCUGUACAUUGCAAUGAGUGGUGAUGGCUCUGAAAGUGAAGAUGACUUGCGUCGGAAGCUCUAUGUGCUGAGGAGACUAACUGAGGCUCACUUCGGUUUGGUCACACUUGACAGCCAUCUCUUCCGUAGGGAGUUGCGCCCAGUGGAUUCUGAGCAACGUGCUCACAUCUGGGGACUGUUUCAGAGUCUGCUGAAAACCUAUUCCCAGCUGCGCCAGGAUGACCAAAGUUUUGUUGUAGAGGCUGUGGAGCGACUGAUCCAUCCACAGCUGUGUGAACAGUGUAUCGAGUUCUUGGAGCGCCAAGUUGUACAGUACAUCAAUAGCAGUUCAGAACGUGCUGGACAUGAAGUAGUGCAUGCUUUCCUACUCGUGCACACCAAACUGCUUGCAUUUUAUUCCAGCCGAAAUGCCAGCUCUCUGCGUCCUGCUGAUUUGCUCACCCUUCUCCUGGUUGUACAGGAUCUGUAUCCCAGCACUGCCUCUGAUGAGCAGCCUAACCUCCAGACUGCAGAGGGUGAGCCAAGUCUUCAGAGGUUAUUCAGCAGUGAGAGUAUCCCAGUGAACAGCUCUUGUCCCCAUGGAUAUUCUGAAGAGCAGGUAGCAGAUGAUGUCUCUGUGCCCGAGGAAUUCUACACCCCCAAGGCUUCCCCUAGUGAACAGAGCACUGGGAGCGCUGCCUGGGCUGAGGGUGCUGACUCUCAGGGUGAGGGGGAGGCAAAUUCCUCUGACAUCCAGAUGGCUGAGGAUUCACUGCAAGCUCUGGUGCCUCCCACUGUAGAAGCUACCAACCCACGGAGAAUUUUUCUCGAUGCCAACCUGAAAGAAGGCUUCUGCCCCAUGAUGCCCCACACAAUGCACUGUCUCCCUCUCUGGCCAGGGAUCUCCCUAGUGCUCCUCACUAAGGGUCCCAGCUCCCAAGUGGCACUGUCCCUUUACCAGUUGUUGGAUGGGCUCCUGGUGAUGGAGAAGAAACUGAAAGAGGACCAGGAGCCUAAGCAGCCUCUACGCUCUCAGCCCCUGCUUCUGGAACUCCGACAUCGAAUGGACAAGUUUGUCAAGAAGUUGGGUGGGCAAGAAACACAGUUGCAGAAUGCCUGGCUGGAAUUCAAGAACAAAGUUUUCUCUCGAAGUGUGACUGGGAGUUCAUGGGAGCUCCUACAGGCAUUUUGCAACAUCCGCCAGCAGCUUUGUGCUGUGUAUCGGCUUCUCUUUCUUGGAUCGUCAGGGGCUCAGGGCUUGCCUCAGAAUAUGCUGGACCGGGCACAGCAGCUCACACGGGACAAGCUCCAAGAUUGGAGGGACUUCCUUCUUGUGAAGAGCAAGCGUAAUGUCACUAUGGUGUCAUACCUGGAGGACUUCCCAGGGCUCGUGCACUUUAUUUAUGUGGACCGCACAAUGGGACAGAUGGUAGCACCAUCCCUUGGCAUGACAGAGGACUCUGCUUCUGAACUGGGCAAGGGGCCCUUGCCUGCCUUCAUUAAGGAAAAGGUGUGGUCACUGGUGGCAUUGGGUCGAAGCUACUUACAGAAGGGCUACACUACAGUGACUAUCCGGGAUGGAGAUUACUAUUGCACCUACUUUCUUUGGUUUGAGAAUGAGCUGGGCUACAAGCUGGAGGUUACAGAAGUGCCAGUGCUUUCUGACGAUUCAGCCCCCAUUGGAACACUGGCAGGCGAUUACUACAGGAAACUGAUCCGGUAUUACAGUAAAAGCCAUACGAAUGAAGUGGUGAAGUGCUAUGAACUGCUGACCAUCCACCUGGGCAUCAUGCCAACAGAGUACGUGAUCCAGCAAGCAUGUGACUUAGCUCGGCAGCUUUGGGAGCCAACCCGCAUCCCCCUACUUUAAGGACCUUCCUUGCUGCCACAGUGCCAUUUCCUUCCCCUUUAUGAACUCCACUGCAUCUUGGGAGUUUGUUGGAUUUACGUCCGUUGGGCAUUGUAUAUUUGCAUUCUGCAAAAUUGGCAGAUCUUGUCAUACAGAAGCCCUUGCCUGAAAGAUUGACAUUGGACACUGAAACUGAUGGGACCAAUGCCUUUCAAAGCAGAACUGCUGCCAUGUAAUUGGCACUCAGGGGAAUUGCUCCUCCACCCUCUUCUUGUCCACAGAUCCAUACAGCCUUAUCUACCUAUGAAAGAAAUGUUCUUAAGCUAGAACAAUGGAAUGCCAAAGCCAGCUUGUGGCAAAAAAUUCACACAUCCAGUUUGCCCCUGAAGUAAGUUCAAAUCACCCUGAAGAGAGCUUUCUCUUGGGCUAUCGCUGAUAGAAAUGUCCAUAAGAAUAAACCCAUAAACUGGUGCCUGAUUAAUUUAGUACCAUCAAAUUGGCUCAGAGUUUGAUAUCCUAAAGGAAAUUACUGUUCUCACAGUGGGGGAGAAGGAAUGUUUGUGGGGAAAACAGACACUGCCUCACUGUUAAAACAUGACAUUUCAAAUUAGUAAUUCUGUAAGCACAAAGGCGUGAUUAGGUUUGAGGAAGGAAGAUAUGCAGGCAUGUUCCUUUCCAAAAAUUGUUUAGAAUUUUUACUACUGGGAUCUCAAAUUCAGUGGCUUUGCACAUGUACUUCUGAUGGGAAUUGGUAUGUGAGAUUCUUUCCACCACUAAAUGCAUGAAAAGUACUUGUUUCAGUUAACAAGUCCCCAGAUCUACCUAGUCUGCACACGUAUUAGCAUACUUGAAAGCACCAUUCAUAUUCGAAAAAUGGGAAUCUCCUGUGUGGUGAACAUAUAUAUUAAGUCAGCCUUAUAACAGACUGUAGAAUAGAGAUAGCCCAUUUAAUUGACAUGCAAAUUGAUUGUUUUGAAAUGGUAAUGAGACUUUGUACAUUAUACGUAUAGUUUUUAAAAAUGAAUAAGCUAUAUAUGCUGCAAAUGGAUUGGUUAGUAACCAUUAGAAAUGAAUAUUACACUGAUACAAUUUUUUUACUACAGCAGUUCAUAUGCUAGAUACAAUAGUGGCAAAAACAUUACUAAACUUAUGCCUAUGGAAAAUAUGGUAAUUUCUUAGAUCCUGCAAGGAAUAACUGAGGUAUAAGUAUACUUAAUGUAAUUUAUAUUAUUAAAUCAAUGCAAAAGCUUUGAGUUGAAUCUCACUGGUUUUCAGAUGGAACAAAAGGAGCAGGAUAUUCUGUUGCAAGCUCACUUGUGAUCAGGAAACUGAAAAACCCAGCAGAAUAGAUAUUAAAAACACCCCCCUUCUCAUUGUAGGACAAGAUAAAGCAGAAAUUCACUACAGAUAUAUGUCUGGUCUCUUAUCUUUGUAAUAACUACUUAGAAAGAAAACAAAUGCUGUGAGAUAGUACUGGGGAAGUAUGGUUUUAAUAGGAGAAUAGACAUAACAAAGAAUGGAGCGAUGAUGCAAUAUAGUGAGGUUUGUGAUAAAAUGGUAAAGCCAGAAGUCAAGGUUUUUCCAUAACCUUCAUUUGGAGAAAGAGAGAGCAAACAGGUUCAGUUUGAAAAGAGAUUUUGCAACUUAAAAUGCACAAUAAGUCAAAAAGCACAGAGUGGAAAUGUGCAAUAAUGUGGAAUAAAUUGACAGUAUCUAGUUACAAUGUUUUGAAAGAUAAAACUGUCAGUUUUGACGAUCAUAAUAAAAAUAUCAUAUGAUGGAACAUGACCCCUGUAAAACUAAAUUAAGAUAUGUUUUAUACCUAAUGAUGAAUUCAAAGGAAAAGCAGAACUGUCUCAUUCAUACACACACACACACACACACACACACACAUAAUUCAUAAAUAAAUGAAAGUUUUGUGA